CCUCGCCACUCGCCUCCCGUCAGUCGCCCGCCGACUCCGCUUGCGCUUGUGUGACUCGCGCCGCUCUGUGCACCGCACUCGUGCUCCGAACACGACGCGUGCCGCCCCGCUGUGGCCGCGAACCGCGACCUCUACGCUACCGGCGAAACGUUUCUCCUAACUUUCGUGCAAUUUGCUAUGUUUUAACAACUUUUGGACAUACACACUCCCCUACCCAGCUUGUUUACCCCUCAUCAUAGUUGAGCCCCGCACCGCACCGGCUUGCUCGCUGACCGCCGAGCCGCUAAUCUCGCUUUUUCGCGCCUCACCGUCGCCCGCCCAGACCCGCCCCGACCGCCGCUAUGCUCGCGCACCAAACACCGCUCGCCCUCUGCUAAAUCAACAAUCAACAUCGAUACGAACGCGUGUGAUAAUAAUUUAAUACUCGCCUAAAUAAGCUUGCAACUUCGGUGUCUUUAUUCUAACUUAAUUGUAGGAUUAAUCAUAAUAGUAGCGCAUCGCAACUCAACGCAAACAGUCAAACCGGUCGUUGCGUCACCGCAACAUUCGCGUUACAAUACGCGUGUGAAGUAGUGUGUGGUUGUGAGGGUGUACGGGUGCCGACUAGUGGCUGAAGACAGCGACUAGGAAGUGUAAGGAGUGCAUGCCCAGAGCGCCAGUGCGCGCUCACCCCCCGCGGCCUAUGCCCCGCAGUCGAUCCACGUAACUGCGUGCGCGACCUCCGCAUCCUACUCAAGUGGCAGCGAUGGCCACCAUGGUGAACAUGAAUAGCCUUCUGAACGGCAAGGACUCACGCUGGCUGCAGCUCGAAGUGUGUCGCGAGUUCCAACGGAAUAAGUGCUCGCGGCCAGACACCGAGUGCAAGUUCGCACAUCCUCCAGCCACCGUCGAGGUGCAAAAUGGACGGGUCACCGCCUGUUACGACAGUAUCAAGGGUCGGUGUAACCGAGAGAAGCCGCCUUGCAAGUACUUCCAUCCGCCCCAGCAUCUGAAGGACCAGCUGCUGAUCAACGGUCGAAACCACUUAGCUUUGAAGAACGCCCUAAUGCAGCAAAUGGGGCUAACGCCGGGCCAGGUGCUGCCCGGCCAGGUCCCCGCCGUGGCGACGUCCCCGUACCUGUCGGGUGUGCCGGGCUCGACAUACGCGCAGUACUACGCGCCGCAGCUCAUGCCGGCGGUGCUGGGCCACGACCCGAAUGCCGCCGCGGCCUCGCCGCUCGGCGUCAUGCAGCAACCCGUGCUUCAGCAAAAGCUGCCACGCACCGACCGUCUCGAGGUGUGCCGGGAGUUCCAGCGCGGCGCGUGCAAGCGCGCCGAGUCCGAGUGUCGCUUCGCGCACCCGCCGCCGCCCGUGGCCGCGCACGACGACGGCUGUGUCACGGUGUGCAUGGACGCCGUCAAGGGCCGCUGCGUCCGCGACCCCUGCCGCUAUUUCCACCCUCCCCUGCACCUGCAGGCGCACCUUAAGGCGCAGGCGCGCGGCGCGGUACGCCACCAGGCUGCACGCUCUUGCCUCGCUCGCUCGCGCUCGCUUCUCUUCUUCCGCUUGGUUUCGCUCGCCGCGACGCCGCUUCUGUUCAUGGACAUGAAGAGCGUCGGAUCCUUCUAUUAUGAUAAUUUCGCCUUUCCCGGUGUGAUGCCGUACAAACGACCCGCCGCCGACAAAGCGGGCGUCCCCGUGUACCAGCCGGCGACGACCUACCAGCAACUGAUGCAGCUCCAGCAGCCGUUCGUGCCCGUGUCAUGUGAGUACCCCGCGCCCGCCUCGUCCGCCCCGCCCGCGGGCGCGCCCGCCUCCGCCUCGCGCCAGCCCACGCCCACGCCCGCGCCGGCGCCGCCGCCGCAGCCCGCGCCGCCCGUGCCCGCGCAGCCCGCCGAGCCCGCGCCCGCCGCCGACCCGCAGCACGACCCGGCGCAGGUGGCCAAGGAGGUGGCCCACAAGAACUACGCGGCGGCGCUCGCGCUGGCCGCGCAGCAGUCGGCCAUGGCGCACGCGGCGGCCGCGUACACGCAGCAGGCCUUCAAGGCGCGCCAGGGCAUGCCGGCGGGCCUCAUGCGCGCGCCCUUCAUGAUGCCGCGCGGCUGGCCCGCGCCGCCCAUGCCCAUGCAGGCCUACUACCAGCAGCCGUACAUGUACGCGAUGCCUCCCCCCACGCCGCCGGCGGCGGCUGCCGCGGCCGCUGCCGCCGCGGCCGCGGUCAACCCCUACAAAAAGAUGAAAACGACAUAAGCGGGGCUCGGCAGGCUCCCGCGGGCGGAGGGGGCGGGGCGCGGGGUCUCCGCGUAGAGACUCGUACUGUGUGGCCGAGUGUGAGCCCCGGCCUGUCGGGGCGGUUAGCGCUAGGCGUGUUGUCACAUUUGUAUUGUAUUAUUGUAAGGACGAGGCGAGAGGAUUCGCCCUCGCCGAAGUCUCCGUAGUGUAACGCUAUAUCUAUUCUAUUGUGUAUUCUACUCACUUACCGUUAUUAUCUUAUGCGUGUAUAUUUCUCGUAUCUACGAUCCCGGUAAUAAUAACGCUUGAAUGCAUGACUGUACGUUUUUUUAUUACCUCUUGUCGAUCGUCGUUUAUCGUGAGUAUCGUCGUACUGAGAGUUGAGCGCUUAGUCCGUCGAUCCCGCUACGUACACGCUUGUUCUCGGAGGAGGUCCGCACGGGUGCGCUUUGGCCGAUGUGUCGAUCCCGAACCUAGUGGUUUCCGGCUUGCAGCUGCAGGCCCGCACCUAACACCGCCGCCUUCUAAUUUUCGCAUGGAAUAGAACCCACCACCCUAUACGUUUGGCUCAUCAGGUAUUGUUCUCAUUAUUCUAGAGGCUCCUCGUGUGUGCUCAGUGUGCCGGCGUGCUCACCACUAGCGCAGCAGUUGCGGCGAGCGCCGCCACCGCUUUAUUUUUAUUUUCGGUCGCACGUUCUUUCUAUUUAUUUUGAACGCUUUCUGUUACAUGCCUUCCGAAUGACCGCUUCGGCUGUCGUUGCAAUCUUUUGUCGCUUUUUGUGUUGGGACGGUCAGGCUGUGCGCCGACCAACGCGCCCUUUGUGGUUUACACCGACGAGCGCGGACAGGUAACGAGUGCCGCGUGCAGUGCCCACCGCUGCCAUUGCCCGCACGCUUGCACCUAACCUAUCCCGGUUGACUUUGGAACCUUGCGUCUCGACGCAUAUCGCUUAUUAACGCUGGAAAUUAGGCCACCUGCCACCUGCGUAGAUGCCGCGCACUCCCUCUUAGCCUCUCGAGCUCUGCUCUAACCCUCCUUGCGGCACGCUAACCCUUCACCCUGCCGGCGAGUGCAUCUCUGCUACCAUCCACAUUUUGUAUGCCCUUUUAUUUUAUUGUGACGCUCGAAUCGAUUGGUUUAUCAGAAUUUAUCACAUUUAUAUUUAAGAAUUUUAACUUUAAGACUAAAUUGACGAUGUCAUAAUCAUAAAUGAUGGAAAUUAUGUUUCUAUUAUAAGACAAAUAAUUAUUAAAAUAUAGAAUAGAAAACUGUUUGAAAGGCCUAAAA